AUGUCACGUCAGUUCAAUAUCUACUAUAUCCGUGAUUUACCAGAAUCAAACCUAUCUGGCAUCUACAGCGUGGAUAAGACUCUCUGUGCUAUCGAGGACUCCCAUACGUUUCGAGGAGACGGCUACUGGCUUGUAGCAUGCCCUUCUAAACCAAAUAUCCCCAAUGUUGAACUUAUUCACGGCGCCCUUAUUUGCAACAGAGAACAUUUUCUACAAGCUGCGGCUGACGCAGUCGCCUCUGAUAAUCCCGGUGCUCAGCUAGCAUAUGAAAAAGUUGCAGAGCGAAAUGGGCUGGUCAAGGCCUUGGAGGGUCACUAUCGAUUGUAUAAAGACGUCUUACGGCAAUUUCUUAACACUAGGAGUGAUGGGGUUGCCAAACUAAUGGAAAGGUUGGGUAAAGCAUGUGGCCACCUGGAAAGUGGCAGGUGUGACGAUGCUCUUCGGGAUAUCCAACACUUAUGUGACUUUGUAUUUCACAUAUGGGAACAAGGUGAAAUCGAAUCGGAUCGGAAUCCUCAGGUUUUACGACAAAGCUUAAACCAUCGUCAAAUUGCAAUUGCUACCCAAAAAGGGCGGAUAGAGGUCGCCUUACAAAACCUCCAGAAGGCUAGGGAUGCCGGGAAAAUUAAAAAAAGCGCCUAUAGCUGGCUGGUGGGACGUGAACAACUAGCCCACGCAUUCGAGUCUGCCAAGCAUGAAGCUGAGGCUAUCGAAAGGCAGCUUCGACAACUUAGCCCACCCCUUUAUCGGGCCCAGGAUUCAGUCACGGUUCAGAGGCCUCAGGUUGAUCAGGUGUUUCUUCUUUGCUUUAUCCUCCUCUCUCAAUUAGAGGACUCAGCUAUUCUGAAAAUGCGCUCAGAGCUCUGCGAAAAACUUUCAUGGGGAAGCAAAGACUGGGAACUAGAGUUUCAGCGCACCGAUGAUAUCCCAAUCGAGUACCACGCGAUAUCCCGUUACCUUCGCCACGCCGCUCAGUUUGAAGGCCACGUCUCACAGGCAGACGAGGUAGAAAAACAGUACAAAAGUUUGGCUGCAGGGGUCCUGAGCAUGUCCGAGAAUGCAGUGAUACAAGUCGCAGACCCAAAAAGCGAGACUUUUUCCUCAGUGCAAAACCUCAUGAUUCUCUGCGCGAUGAAAGGGUGGUAUCUGAUUUUGCCAGCUGUCGCAGGAAAUUUACAGGCCAAGGUAGAUUUUGAGGACGCUGUGAAGGUAGCUUCUCUCUCACCUCUAUACGAAGACGAACCCGAUGAAAUCAGGCACCACCUCGAUAGUAUUCUUAUGUUCCUGGAGUCGCGUGAUGAAAGAGAGCGGAAUGAGACAUCAGAUAUGUUAGGGGAGGCCAAAGAGGUUAGCAUGCGGGGAAAGAAGCGGCCAAGUCCUUGCCCGGAUGGUGAAAGUGAUGAGAAGCGUUUGAAAGAUGAAUCUGGGCCAUCAAUGUAA